GAAUGAAUUGCGUGCACUUGUGAGUGGGUGAGUUUUAUAUAGUAAGUAGUAUGCGAGAUUGCAGAAAAGAGGACUUUGCUCACAGUACUUGACGUUUGUUGCUAAAACAUUAGUGAAAACAGUGUUGAUUAAAAUGACAGAAAAUAGCCUGUCAAGUGUGAGAAUACGAACCCUUCAUCCCCACAUCAACGUAAGUGCGCUACCAACAUUGUUUUUGUUGUUGCUGUUGCAGUUGUCGCUAUUGGUAUCAGAGACACAUGCUAAAUCUGAUGCGACAGGUUACUUUUGGCACAUAACAGAUCUCCAUUAUGACUUCACCUACAACGAACUUGAAAUCCCCUAUUCCUGCAAAGCCAUUAACAAGACCUAUGGAAAAUUUGGCGACUAUUCUUGUGAUGCACCGGCGAUACUGAUUGAAAGCAUUAUCGAAGAAAUGAAAACCAUCAAUUCUCAUGUUGACUUUAUUGUCUGGACAGGUGACACUGUCCUGCAUCCCCGUAUGAACGAGAGACUCGUUCUGAAUGAAUCAAAGAAUCUUGAAAUCAUCAAGAACUGCACAGACAUUUUGAAGGCACAUUUCCCCAAAAUUCCACUUGCUUCAAGUCUUGGCAACCAUGACCUUUUUCCGGAUGCGCAGUGUCCCAUUGCAACGGAGGCACCAAAUCUAUAUUUUAAGAAACUUGCUGAAGAAUGGCUUACAGCAGAUUUGAUAGAAACUUUUUCAAAGAACGGUUAUUACUUUAUGGCAACCAAAGAUCCUGACCUUUACAUCGUGAAUCUCAAUACACUCCUCUACUACAACAGAAACAAACUAAUCAAACCAAAUCAAAAUCCUGACCCAAACGGACAAUUCACGUGGUUACAAAAUGUGCUCGAGAAGGUUAGAAAGCAGAAGAAAAAGGUAAAAAACAAACAACAAAUACAAGCAAAAGAAAAACCUCGUCCCUUUUCUUCAUUUCAAUACACAUUUUGUUUUCUCUUGGAACCUCUCACGGCAUAUAAUAUCAGACGCCUAGUAGUAAUUGUUGAUAACAAUCUCAGUUUGAGUACCCGCAUCAACAAUAAGAUGCCGAGAAAAGGAAAGACAAAGUUGAACACAGAACAGAAAAUAAUAAUAUUACUGUAUGACUCUAAUGUGUCUCCCAACUUAUCAACAUUUCAAUACGUUCUUUUGUGUUUUUCAGAUUUAAGAAAUAACAACGGUGUUCCUAUUUUCGUAGCGCCUGCUUUGACACCAUGGAUGUAUGAUUAUAACCGGAAUCCAGCAGCCCGUCUUGUCAGAUAUAACGUUACAUCGAAACAGUUACUUCAGAUCACACAAUAUUACGUUAAUUUACCGAAAGCAAAUGAGAAGGGACAAGUUCUUCUAGAACAGGAAUAUAUUAUGCCCGAAAGCUAUGACCUUGAUGACCUCUCAGCUGCAUCUUUACUAAAGUUACGCAAUAGAAUGCAGACUGAUGACAAACUUUUCAAACAAUAUCUUCAAAACAUGUAUGUAAAUGCAAAAACUGAACCAAAAAUACAGUUCAGCAAAGAAUUACAAACUCGCGUUUUAUGUAGUAUAGAUUGCUAUGACGAGCACUCGUAUGAAAUGUGUAUUUCGUCCGGUGCCAUAUCUUACCACAGCUUAACAUAUAUAAGUAACUUCUUUCUUUUAGUGAUUUAUUUCCGUGAGCUGGUAUGAUUUGUAUGAAACUCAGACCUGUUUGCAAGUAAAUAAUUGUUUCUUUUAUGUUCA